AUGAGAUGUGAGGCGGCAGAGCUCGAGGUGCCCUCCAACACUUCGGUGCAGGAGCUGAAGCUCAAAGCGCAAAGGGAGUUCGGCAUCCACGAGCUGGUCACCUCGCGAGGCCAGCUGCUGAGGGGCCUCUGCACUUUGAGGGAGGCCGGGCUCCGGGACGGGGAGACCAUCAGCGCCACCGUGAGAUCCGCUCGCCUGUCCUCGGGGCGCCUGUGCCGGGCCUUCGCGCUGGUGCGCGGGGAUGGCACCGUGGUGUCCUGGGGCGACAAAGUCGCCUGCGGCCAGUAUAGCGACAUCAACUGGGAGGAGCUCAGGGACGUGCAGAAGAUCCGGCCCUCCAGUGGUGCCUUCGCUGCGCUGCUGGGGAACGGCCGUGUGCUGACCUGGGGCGACACCUCCUCCGGCGCGGACAGCAGCGCGGUGCGGUCGCAGCUGCACGAGGUGGUGGAGAUCGAGAGCUCCGCCUUCGCCUUCGCGGCCAUCCGCCGGGACGGCUCCGUGGUGACCUGGGGGGACCCGCGCUUCGGCGGGGACUCGCGCCAGGUGAGGGACCAGCUGGUGGAGAUCCAGCACAUCGCGGGCUCGGGCCGGGCCUUCGCCGCCAUCCGCCGGGACGGGCGGGUGGUGGCCUGGGGCAGCGAGGACUGCGGCGGGGACUGCGGGGAGGUGAAGGACCAGCUCCAGGACGUGGUGCAGGUCCACAACACCUACUCCGCCUUUGCGGCCAUCCGCCGGGACGGGUCAGUAGUGACCUGGGGCGACAAGCACGGGGGCGGGGACAUCAGCGAGGUGAUCACUCAGCUGGAGGACGUGCGGAAGAUCCACGGGUCCUCCUACGCCUUCGCAGCCAUCAGGGGCAAUGGCCAGGUGGUGACCUGGGGCUCGGCGGACAGCGGCGGGGACAGCCGCUCCGUGUCCCACCGCCUGGCGGAGGUCCGGGACUUGAGCGCCACGGACUCCGCCUUCGCGGCCCUGCGGGGGGACGGCACUGUGGUGACCUGGGGCGGGCGCCACGGCUUCGGAAGGGGCGGCAACAGCCUGGCCGUGCAGACCAAGCUGCAGGACGUGCAGAGGCUCGCAGCCACUGACGGCGCCUUCGCAGCGCUGCUGGAAAGCGGCAAGGUUGUGACGUGGGGCGAUGACGACUACGGGGGCGACUGCUCCCAUGUCGCGUUUCAGCUGACGAAUGUGCAGGAGAUCCAGGGCUCCAACUCUGCCUUCGCGGUGAUCAAGAGCGACGGCACCGUGGUGGCUUGGGGGGACCGCCAGGUGGGCGGUGACUGCUCCAACGUCCAGGACCAGCUCACGGACGUGCAUCGGGUGUCCCUGAGGCAGAGCAAGUUCGCGCCCGUCACCGACAGCUCCCUGCCGCUGCGCGGCGCCUCGGAGCGGAGCUCCGCCUUUGGGGAGGACUUUGGCUUGGUGGCGCCCUGCACCACGGAGGAGGAGCAGUCCCCGGACCGCGAACUGUCGGAGGCCGAAGAUGUCGGGAGCCCCAGGGAGCGCCAGAGCCGAAUUGGAAACGAGGAGGUUCUCACCAACGGGUACUUCGACGUGCAGGCCCAGAUAACGCCCUCAACACCCGAAGUCAAGAGUGUCGAUCACUUCUUGCACGAUCGCAACUUCGAGCCCAUGAGUGACGAUUCCCAGCUUGGCGUUUCGUUGAGAAACGGAAGGCACAUGGAGCUCAGUUUCAAGGGUUCUGGAGCCAUCAAGCGCCGGCCCCGGUCCUUCAAGCUGUCAGGGGUGGAGGCAACUCUCAGCGUGGGUGAGCUGAAGAAGAAGUGCCAAGAGGAGUGCGGCCUGGAUGCCUCACAGCAGAGGCUCUUCCUCAAGGGCAAGCUCUUGAAGGACGAGGAUUCGUUGGAAUCGGCCAAGAUCGGCGACAAGUCCACGCUCUUCCUCGUCAAGGGCGCCUCCGGCGGGGGCGGAGAGGAGGCCAAGGAGGAGAAAAAGGAGGAGGAGCCAGCGGUGCCCGUGCCCUGCAAGGGCGGCUGCGGCUUCUGCGGCACGGCGCGCACCGAGGGCUACUGCUCGAAGUGCUACUCGGAGAAGCAGAAGAAGGAGGAAGAAGAGGCGAAGGCGAAGAAGGAGAAGGCGGAGGCCGAGGCGGAGGCGAAGCCGGAGGAGGGCGACGCCGAGGCAGAUGAGGAAACGGUGCCAAAAGAGGAGCAGAAGGACAAGACGAAGUGCUGGUUCUGCAACAAGAAGUGCGGGCUGACCGGCUUCGAGUGCCGCUGCGGCUACACCUUUUGUGGAAAGCAUCGGCACGCGGAGGAUCAUGACUGUGACUUCGACCAUAAAGGCAAAGGACGAGAAAUCCUGGCCAAGAACAACCCCAACAUCUCCAUCAAAGGCCUGUCCUGGGAGCCUUGA